AUGGUCUCAGAGGAGCAGGUCAAGAAAUGGAAAGCUACCAAGACAAUUGGGAUAAUUGGCCUUGGGGACAUGGGGCUACUGUAUGCGACAAAAUUCUCAGAGGCCGGAUGGAAGGUUGUCUGUUGUGAUAAGGAAGCAUUAUAUGAUCAGCUAAAGGAAAAGUAUGCAGGCUGCAAGUUUGAGCUUGUGGUGAAUGGUCACUACGUGUCAAGAGUGAGCGACUACACAAUUUAUAGUGUUGAAGCUGAAAACAUUGACAAAAUUGUAUCCAUGUAUGGUCCUUCGACGAAAUUGGAGGGGAUCGUUGGGGGUCAGACCAGUUGCAAAUACGCAGAAAUUGCUGCAUUUGAAAAGCAUGUACCGUCAGAUGUUAGAAUUGUUUCUGUUCAUUCUUUACAUGGACCUAGAGUUAACAGUGAGGGUCAACCAUUAGUGAUGAUAAGACACCGUUGUGCCAGUGAUGCGGAAUUUGACUUCGCUCAGUCAGUGCUGGCAUGCUUGAAGAGCAAAAUUGUUUAUUUAACACAAGAAGAACAUGAUAGGAUUACAGCAGAUACACAGGCAGUUACGCAUGCUGCAUUUUUAAGCAUGGGAGCAGCUUGGGCAAAAUUAAAAAUAUACCCUUGGAUUUUGGGAGAUGAUAACGACAAAUGGUACGGUGGAUUGGAAAACGUCAAAAUGAAUAUAUCAUUGAGAAUUUAUUCAAACAAGUGGCACGUUUAUGCUGGGCUGGCAAUAACUAAUCCAUCCGCUCAUGAUCAAAUUUUACAAUAUGCCACGAGCUGUACAGAAUUAUAUACUCUAUUUGUGAAAAGAAAUGAAAAUCAAUUAAUUGAAAGAGUGAAAAAGGCUAAAGAAUUUGUAUUUAAUAACCAUAAGGGUUUCCUACUACUGGACGACAAGUUGCUAGAUAAAUAUUCCCUCUUCACGAACCGAAAUUCUUCUAAACCAAUUCAAACUGUUCCAAACUCACAUUUAUCAUUAUUAGCAAUUGUUGAUUCAUGGCAUAAACUAGGCAUUAAUCCUUAUGAUCAUAUGAUUUGUUCUACUCCAUUAUUCAGAGUUUUCUUAGGAGUUACUGAGUACCUUUUUUUAACUCCUGGAUUACUGGAACAAACAAUAAAAGCUGCCGUCUUUGAUGAAUCCUUUAGAAAAGAUGAUUUAGAAUUUGUCGUUGCAGCGAGAGAUUGGAGUUCGAUAGUGUCAUUCGCUAACUUCGAUAUAUACAGAAGACGAUUUGAAGAAAUACAAAAGUUUUUUGAACCAAUGUUUCCGGAAGCAAAUAGAAUUGGUAAUGAGAUGUUAAAGACAAUUUCAAGAUACGCUCCAGAAUCCAACCAAAAACAUGCAAAUGCCUAA